AUGGAUUGGGAGCAAAAUGGAGUAGAUUGCGGUCCAAUUGCUUGCUCCGUGCUCGAGCAAUGCCUCAGCGCUGGAUUAGAUGAGCACGGUAACUUGCCAGUGUUUCAAGUUCAGUGCGGCCACAAGCUGCGCAUCCAGAUCUUGGGUCUGAUUGCUGGUCGUGUCAGGCUCUGUUGUAGCGACUAUCUCAUGCUCCUUGAUGUCGCACGAGAGGAAUGGCGAGAGGACGAGCUGCCAGGCGAAGAUAUCAUCAAUGCGAUUCAGAAUGGGCGGCACCAGGCUGAAUGCCUAAAGCUCCUGCGGAAAUUGACCGUUGUUAGCGCAACCUGCUCAAUAUGUCAACGUCCCGUGGUAAAUCAGGAGAUGGAUCACCCCUCACACAAUGGCAAGAAUGGAGUUCGAACCCCAGUCGAUCAGGAGGAUGGUUGUGACGCUGAACGGAGUGAUGAAGAGGAUUCCAUGGUCCCUCGUGCGGUUGGCACGCACAUUCAAGUCGAGCCGGACACGCAACCUGAUGUCCAGGAUACCACCGACUCACAACGCUCUGUAUCCGCCUCAGCAUCUCGUAGGAGAGUGAAAGAUUGGCAUCUUGGAAGCAACAAACGAUUUCCACGUCCCAUUGCACCGCGCUCUCUGGCUGCAUAUGCAGGUCGGAGGUGGAUUCCCGAUGACCGCACGUUCGACGAUUAUGAAGGUGGACCAACGAUCGAGAUGUUAGUAACUCCCAGGGAAAUCAAUCAGGCGAUGACAUUCCAGGCGGGAGGAAUCCAGAUCUCCACUGCUUGGGUGCACUGGGUUGAUCAUGGCUACCGCAUCACCCCUAGCUCAUUCCAUAUAUUCUAUCAAUGCGACCCCAUAGCCACCAUGGACCAUGUCAUGCCCAUUGGCACAACCGACUCCCAUGAUCCUUCAAGUCAGGUUCCAGACCGCGUAACAGGCGCAUAUAGUCUGGCUCGACUAGGGUCAGAUGGGGGAGCACGUCAAACGCACGUCGCAGAUGUAGAAAUUCUGGCUGCAUCUGAACUGAUCGACUCUGCCCAACAUGAUCCCCCACUCCAUCAUCAAUGUAGGUUCGGACACAACGCCUUUGUUCGUGGCUGCACCAGUCAUCGUUAUGGCGAUGGCACGUCCUUGUAUGUCGACCUUGAACGAGAUUCCGUUAGAUUUUCAGAAGACGAAAUAGAGAUUUCUUUAGACAUAGACAGUAUCAUUUGGACCACGAAGGAGUUCCGAUGCAUGGGGUCCGUGGGGAUCUAUCUCACUCCGUCAUUUCAAACGAAACCUGGCAUAUUCAAGCACAAUCACACAUAUGUCGACAUCACAAUUCCACAGUCAGAAGCAGAUGCCAGUGCGCCCGGUGGUAGGACAGAAUGGUUGUCAAACGAUUUCUCCGAUGUCUGCCAUCCCUCAUACCGGUAUUGGGCGCAAUCCCUCGGCUUCAUCGACACUCAAUCUUAUAUAUCGCAUUUCCUAGGAUGA